GGAUUUGCAUCCUGGCCCCUGGGCCAGCCCAGCACAAUCCCUGCAAAAGCCGCAGCCCGGGGGGCUCAGAGUCCGGAAAGCCCCGCUCCUCGCCAGGCCUGCGGGCACCUUUCCGUGCACAGCGGGGAGCCCCAGCCUGCAGGACGACAGCACUGGGCUUGUCCUGGUGUCUCCUGUCGUUUAAACCCUUUCCUGAGGGAAAUGAGGCACCCCCAGUGUGGACGGGAUCCACCUGUAGGGGUUUGCUAGGGCCGAGCCUCAAACCCGCAGCCCUGAGGCCUGUCUCCCCUUGGCCGGAGCGGAUGGUGGCAGGCCGGCAGCAGGCUUUCCAGAGCGCCAGGGCGGUUAGCGGCCGCACCUGCAACAGGUGACGCUGAUGGGCUGGAGACUUGUCAGGUGCAGCCACUUCCCAGUGCUUAGGGGGAGCUGGAGGGAGACGCAGGAAGGAGGACGCCGCGAGCCCAGGACCAAGGGAAAGGAGGAAUCUGGACCAAUGCUUUCAGCAAAUGCAUCAUGCUGUCAUCCAGAUGUGCUCCUCUUCGUAAUUAGGUAGAGAGUACAGUCGCCCAGGAGACUAUCGCCCAGGAUCACCCGAAACGGAGGAAGAGUCUGUUGCAAGGAUCUCGGUACUCUGGUACACCGACAACAGGAGAUGGAAAAGCAGGAAUGGCAGAAACAGCGUGUCGCGGACCAAAUCAAGGAUCCGGAGCCGCCCGUUCCACAUGGAAACAUUUGCCCGAGUUGCAGCAGAGUCUGUUGAUCCUGGAUCAGCUUCACCAGCCUCCUUUGCACCCACAGGCCCCCCUGCUGGUAUUUUUCUCCGUCUCCUCGUGCACGACCCCGCUGCAUGCCCUGCACAGAGGGAGAGCGCUGCCGAAAAGAGACCGCUGACGCCGUGUUAGCGAGACAAACGAUGAGCAGGAAAGCGAGCUGGACGUCACCACGCCGCCACCUCCUCCGCGUUACGAGCCGGUGGUCACCUCCCGUCGUCCCUGAGGUCACCCUGACGAGCGCCGCGCUCGCUCCUGCCACGUUUGCUCCACUAUGGAAGAUCAAACCGUUUUACGGCUCUCGUGUUUUGAAGUUCGGCUCCUGCCGUGGACCGUCCAUUUGAAAAUGAAACUCGCUUCCAGGCACAAUUGAGGGAGUGGAAAACCAGUCCCAGAUGAUGAGCACUUUAAGUGGUGCUGGAAUAUUCGUCAGCUUAACGACGGUGUCUGAGACUCUGGAUUUCAGUCUGCACGGUGGUCUGAUGGCUUGGCCGUUAAGCAGCAAUUUGACUCUGAAUCAGAGUUUGCCCACGUUCGAUCCUUUCAAUACCUCGGAGAAGGAAGAAGUCUCUCGUAUGUCCAUUAGGGAGAAGAACUGGCCGGCCCUCCUGAUCUUGGUUAUCAUUGUGCUAACUAUCGGAGGGAACAUCCUGGUGAUCAUGGCCGUCUCCUUGGAGAAGAAGCUGCAGAACGCCACGAAUUACUUCCUGAUGUCCUUGGCGGUGGCGGAUAUGUUGGUGGGGAUCCUAGUCAUGCCCGUGUCCCUCGUUACAGUUCUCUACGUGAAUCAAGCCAAAGCCCCAGGUGACGGCUUACCUUCCACGUGGGUGAAGAGAGGGACUAUGGAAAACAUCACUACCAAUUAUGCGUGGCCUUUGCCUAAACAGUUGUGCCCCAUAUGGAUUUCCCUAGAUGUCCUCUUUUCAACCGCAUCUAUCAUGCAUCUCUGUGCCAUCUCCCUCGACCGGUAUGUAGCAAUACGCAAUCCCAUCGAGCACAGCCGCUUCAAUUCCCGCACCAAGGCUAUUAUGAAAAUUGCUGCAGUUUGGACCAUAUCCAUAGGGAUCUCCUCGCCCAUUCCCGUCAUAGGUUUGCAGGACGAUUCCCGGGUGUUCGUCAGCGGGAGGUGCGUCCUGAACGAAAGGAAAUUUGUCCUCGUCGGGUCCUUCGUGGCGUUCUUCGUCCCGCUCGUCAUCAUGGUGAUCACGUACUGCCUGACGGUGCAGGUGCUGCAGAGGCAAGCCACCGUGUUCAUGUACGGGGAGAUGCCCAAGCAGAGACGGAGCAGCAUGAGCUGCCUCAAGAAGGAAAACACCACCGAGAACAUCUCCAUGCUCCAGAACCACGAGGGGACCUCUCACUUAAACUCCCCCGCGAACAAGGAGGCCGUGCUCUUUCGGAAGGGGACCAUGCAGUCCAUCAACAAUGAGCGGAGGGCUUCCAAGGUCCUGGGCAUCGUCUUCUUUUUGUUCCUUAUCAUGUGGUGCCCGUUUUUCAUCACUAACGUCAUGUCUGUGCUUUGCACGGAGACCUGCAGCGAAGACCUCCUGGCCGAACUCCUGGACGUGUUUGUGUGGGUGGGUUACGUCUGCUCCGGGGUCAAUCCCCUUGUGUACACACUCUUCAAUAAAACCUAUCGCAGGGCUUUCUCCAACUACAUCCGCUGCCAAUACAAGGCCAAUAAAACAUCGACUCUGAGACAAAACCAAUGUCCAAACGUCCCCUCUACAGCUUCGUACGGGAAGGACCUCAAUUUAAACAGCUAUCGAAAUGGCAAUGAAUUCAACAGCAUGGAGCUGGGUGACAUUGAGGAGGGCUUAGAAAUGCAGCCAGGGACUUCACAGUUGUCGAUAAAUAGCUGCAAUGUUGUAAGCGAAAGGGUGAGCUGCGUGUAGCAGAGCCCCGCGGCUGCAGCCGUCUGCGGCGAUGCGUCUGCAGCCCAAACACGGUUGUGUAACAAUGUGCGUCUCCGUCGAAGAGCGUUGUAAAUACUGCUUCCGAACAAAGCUUUUUUUUUAAACAUC